AUGGAUCACUACUCAACCGUUGGAAUGGAUCGCCUCAGCGGCUUUGGGCUGACGGUGAUGGAAGGCUAUUUACCGAAUUACUCAACCGAUACGUCCCUGUACCGCAGCUUCAGUUCCUCGGGCGACACGAGCCCAUCGUUCACCGGUCGUGAUGGAAGCGUCAAUUAUGGGUUGUCUUCAUUCACGGAAAUGAUAAUCGACGGCGAAAGCUUCGUUCCGGUCCAGCCGCAUGAUUAUUAUUGUCUGGAUCAGCGGCUCGUCGACGCCGAAAAUCAUGUUUCUGCUCCCGUUUCAACGACCGACGUCAUCAAGCCUGUAACUAGAGCAGGUAAAAAUAAGCGAAAAGCUCCACCCUCCUCCUCCUCCUCGUUGGCCGCCGCCACCACAUCUCUCAUCAGCAGAAAGAACAGUAAACGUGCUAAAACCGAACCGAGUGAUUCGAAUGAAAUGUCUGCCACAUCAACGCCUCCCAGUCCGACCGUGCUAAGGAAGCGACGUCUUGCGGCCAAUGCCAGGGAGCGAAAGCGGAUGAACAGCCUAAAUGUGGCGUUCGAUCGGUUGCGGGAAAUCGUACCUACGCUCGGACCGGAUCAAAAACUGUCCAAAUUCGAAACGCUUCAGAUGGCACAAACCUACAUUAAUGCGCUGAGUGACCUGUUGGAACGGGGAACCGAUGCCUCGACGUACAGUUUGUUUGAUGUUUCCUCUCCGGAGACGGCCAGCGAUAGCAACAAUAAUCACGAUCGGGAUGGAGAAAUUGUCUUGCAACGAUUUUACGAUAUUAAUUUUAUGUGA